GGCGUUUAGGCUACUACGGAUAAAUAGCCCAGGGCGCCUGGCGCGAAGCUAGGGGUGAGGAAGCCCUAGGGCGCUGCCGCCGCUUUCCUUAACCACAAAUCAGGCCGGACAGGAGAGGGAGGGGUGGGAAACAGUGGGUGGGCAUUCAGACUUCCAGCACUUUGCUAUCUACAGCUGGGGCUCCCGAGCGGCAGAAAGUUCCGGCCACUCUCUGCCGCUUGGGUUGGGCGAAGCCAGGACCGUGCCGCGCCACCGCCAGGAUAUGGAGCUACUGUCGCCACCGCUCCGCGACGUAGACCUGACGGCCCCCGACGGCUCUCUCUGCUCCUUUGCCACAACGGACGACUUCUAUGACGACCCGUGUUUCGACUCCCCGGACCUGCGCUUCUUCGAAGACCUGGACCCGCGCCUGAUGCAGGUGGGCGCGCUCCUGAAACCCGAAGAGCACUCGCACUUCCCCGCGGCGGUGCACCCGGCCCCGGGUGCACGUGAGGACGAGCAUGUGCGCGCGCCCAGCGGGCACCACCAGGCGGGCCGCUGCCUACUGUGGGCCUGCAAGGCGUGCAAGCGCAAGACCACCAACGCCGACCGCCGCAAGGCCGCCACCAUGCGCGAGCGGCGCCGCCUGAGCAAAGUAAAUGAGGCCUUUGAGACCCUCAAGCGCUGCACGUCGAGCAACCCAAACCAGCGGUUGCCCAAGGUGGAGAUCCUGCGCAACGCCAUCCGCUAUAUCGAGGGCCUGCAGGCUCUGCUGCGCGACCAGGACGCCGCGCCCCCUGGCGCCGCCGCCGCCUUCUAUGCGCCGGGCCCGCUGCCCCCGGGCCGCGGCGGCGAGCACUACAGCGGCGACUCCGACGCGUCCAGCCCGCGCUCCAACUGCUCCGACGGCAUGAUGGACUACAGCGGUCCCCCGAGCGGCGCCCGGCGGCGGAACUGCUACGAAGGCGCCUACUACGAGGCGCCCAGCGAACCCAGGCCCGGGAAGAGUGCGGCGGUGUCGAGCCUAGACUGCCUGUCCAGCAUCGUGGAGCGCAUCUCCACCCAGAGCCCUGCGGCGCCCGCCCUCCUGCUGGCCGACGUGCCUUCUGAGUCGCCUCCGCGCAGGCAAGAGGCUGCCGCCCCCAGCGAGGAAGAGAGCAGCGGCGACCCCACCCAGUCACCGGACACCGCCCCGCAGUGCCCUGCGGGUGCAAACCCCAACCCGAUAUACCAGGUGCUCUGAGGGAAUGGUGGCCGCCCACCCGCCCGAGGGAUGGUGCCCCUAGGGUCCCUCGCGCCCAGAAGAUUGAACUUAAAUGCCCCCCUCCCAACAGCGCUUUAAAAGCGACCCCUUUUGAGGUAGGAGAGGCGGGAAAACUGAAGUUUCCGCCCCCGCCUCACAGGGCAAGGACACAGCGCAGUUUUUUCCACGCAGCACCCUUCCCGGAGACUCAUUGCGAUGGCCGCUCCGUGUUCCUCGGUGGGCCAGAGCUGAACCUUGAGGGGCUAGGUUCAGUUUUCUCGCGCCCUCCCCCAUGGGGGUGAGACCCUCGCAGACCUACGCCCUGCCUCGGGAUGCACCGGUUAUUUGGGGGGCGUGAGACCCAGUGCACUCCGGUCCCAAAUGUAGCAGGUGUAACCGUAACCCACCUCCAACCCGUUCCCCGGUUGAGGACCACUUUUUGUAAUACUUUUGUAAUCUAUUCCUGUAAAUAAGAGUUGUUUUGCCAGAGCAGGAGCCCCUGGGGCUGUAUUUAUCUCUGAGGCAUGGUGUGUGGUGCUACAGGGAAUUUGUACGUUUAUACCGCAGGCGGGCGAGCCGCGGGCGCUCGCUCAGGUGAUCAAAAUAAAGGCGCUAAUUUAUA